AUGACGGCGUUCACUGCAACAUCACCUACAAUGGACAACGGGACCCAACAAUGUAGUCGUGUGGGAGACGUUAAUUCUUCCUAUAAUCCACCUUUAAUAAUUAUAACCUUCGUCCUCGGAUUUAUUGGAAAUGUCAUUGCUUUGUGGAUCUUCGGUUUUCACGCAAAAAUUUGGAAACCAAACACAGUUUAUUCACUGAACCUGGCGAUUGCAGAUACUAUGUUAAUCUGCUGUUUACCGUUUCGAGCAGACUAUUUUAUCCGGGGGAAGAACUGGAUUUAUAGUGAUGCUCCUUGUCGUCUGAAUGUAUUUUUGAUUUCCCUAAACCGGGUAGGAAGCAUCAUGUUCCUCACAGCGAUGGCGAUCGAUCGGUAUUUUAAAGUGGUCCACCCUCACCACAGGGUGAAUACGAUGUCUACAAGGUGUGCAGUGAAGGUAGCCGGCAGCUUGUGGAUUCUGGCCGUGGCAAUGUGUUCACAUCUUUUAGCAGAACAUCGGUCUUUCAAACACGACAACCGGACAUACUGUGAACCCUUUGACAUAUCGCGGCCACUACGCCCGACAGCAAUUUGGACCGAUAUUAUUUUUAUUCUUUUCAAGUUUGCUCUACCAGCUUCAAUUAUCCUCUUCUCCACGUCCUGCAUCAUCUGGAAGUUAAAACAAAUGAAAAUUGAGUUGAGGAGUAAAUAUAAACGAGCGAUGAAGCUUGUGAUCGCUGUGGCUGCAGUGUUUGUGCUUUGUUUCUUACCCACAAACAUUGCUGUUAUUGCUGUGUUAAUCACGAAACUAAGAGGCGCUAAAGGCUGUAAAUCAUAUGAGACAGCUGUUCAUGUCUUUUAUAAUACACUAUUUAUGACAUAUCUGAACAGUGUCCUGGAUCCAGUUAUUUACUACUUUUCAAGUUCGACAUUCAAAAAUGCUUUAAUGAAAGCAGUUACUUCUCUGAAUCUAAACUGUUCCAAGUCAGAAACUGAUAGUGCGAUGCAACCAAAAGAAUCCACGGGACAAAUAGAUAUGGGUAAUUUAAAAAGGACAGCGGUCUGUCAUAAUUAUGAACCAUCCCGGUCUGUGUCUACUUUGUCUGCAUGA